UUAUGAUCAUUACACUGUUUACGGUAUUACUAAGACCGAGAAAAGAUUUCUUGACGUAUUCAUCAACAGAGUGGUUGCAAUUUUAUCUAUUAUCUUUUUUCAGAUCACAAUAUAUAAAUUUAAAAUGUUAGCCCUAAGAGUAGCUUUUAUAGACUACACAUAUAAGCCAAAUGACAAUUGAAUUGAACAUGCAUUUUAUUUAAUUUAUGGGAUCUCGAACUAGUAAUAGUAAAAAAUUUCUGCCUUAUUACUAUAUUAUAUUACUUACUUAUUAUUUUGUCCACGACUUUUUCAUUUUAAAACAUAAUGCCUCCAAAUUUUCAAGAGACAUUCUCAAUACAAAUUCAACAUAACGAACAACAAAACUUUUAUAUAUCAUUAAGUCUUUGUAUUUUGGAUAAUUUUAUUUGAGGGUUUGUUAGAAAAAACAGGAACAGAAAAAUUGGAAAAAUCAUGAUUUUUAAAGGAAAAAAAUAACAAGUUUAUUUAUAUUUUAAGUAAUUGUAUUCUUCAGUUAAAUUUUAAAUCACUUAUUAUAUUUAUAAAAGGUAAGUAGAAGUCUUUUUUAAAAUAAAAUUGAAUGCAGGAGUUUAUAAAUAAAAAGUGCUAAUUCACCCAUAAAAAAACUAACACAAGCAUACCCAUACCGGGUAUGUCAUUAAAUUUUAAAAGGUAAUGGGGAUCUUCUGCCUGUCAUUUUCCGGUUAGAAUGCCCUACAGACUUCCUUGCCUUAUUGAUGAAACCCACAAAUCUCUCCUUCAUAAACUUUGUCACCGCCAUCUGCAUCCAAACGGUCCGCCUUAUUGGAUGUGGAAGGAAUUCUAAGUUUUGCAACAGAAAUUUAAAAUUUUCUCUUGCACCUAAAAGAAGCCUAACAUUAACAACUAAUCAUAACUCUGAAUCUAUACAAUUUUUAGUUUCUUUUUAAUAUUAUUCAAGUGAUGUGUUUGUUAAAAUGUAUUUCUUUUUUUUGUUCAUUUAAUUUGAAAUAUUUGUUGAUAAAGUUAACAGUUUUCUUAUGCCUAUGUCCUAGUAAAAAUGUAAUUACUAUGAUGAUGUUGAGUCUUUUUUAUUUAUUUUAACAAACUUUUUAUGGACUAAUUCAUUCAUUAUCUAAUUUUAAACAAGUCACAGUGAUGCAAUUUUCACAAAAAUAUAUAAGAAAUAAUUUUAAUUUUAGACUUAGAAGUGUACCAGAAUGCAUAACCAUAUUUUAUUGGAAUUAUGAUUGAUAAUAGUAUACUUUUAAUAGUAGUAGCAACUGCUUUUUAUUGUGUUAUUAUUCCAUUAAUUAUAAUUUAUAAAUACCACUAAAACUAGCCCUAUACUUAUAAUUAAAGAAAUCAAGGGACAAAACAAGUCAGAAAUUGACCGGACUACACGAGCUACAAUUAUUAAAAUUAUUUAAUUUAUUAAGUUGUAUUAAUUUAUAAUAAUCUUGUAAAACGUUUUCCUCUUUAUUAACUGAUUAGUCUUCCACGGAUUAUUAAAAAUGAACUAUAAUGAAAAUAUCUUUAAAUUAAAUUGGUAACAAGAACCAUUUCUGACAGCCCAAUUUUUUUUGUGAGGGGGUAACUACUAACAAUUUUACUUUCUUACACCUUCCAGUCCGAAAGGCAUAACUUUUGUUUGUUAUUGCUAUUAUUAAUGAAGUAAAGUUGUUAACCUUUGUGAAUGAAUGAAGCAGUAUUGAGAUAAACCACUAUGUGUUUGAAUUUGACAUUAAAAAAUAAUAAGCAAUUAACGUACAUACCGAUGUAAAAAAUUUAAUGCGUUACUGGUACAAAUUUAUUGCUGCAAAUAAGGUAUUCCCAAGUUUGGAAAAAUAUGUGCACUACAUCACCGACAAUUUGAAUACUAUUAUUAUUAGAAAACUGUGGCGUAAAAUGCAAAAAAACUACACCCUCACUAUGCCGUAUGUUAUAUUGAUACACAAGUUCUUGCAUUAUUUCUGGAUAUGCACAGACCAUGUGUACGAGUGCAGUGCCUAAUGAUGCCUGAAUAACUCCUAAUACUUGUCUUUCGGGACACUCAUUGUAAAAGGCCCCCAUUUAUGACAUAGGGACCUUCUCUUAAAAGCUGGCUGUUACUGAGAAAGUCGUCUGCAUACCUAUUAGUCUCACUCAUAAACAUUUGAGUGAUAUUUAGUAUAAAAAUUAAAAUUAAUAAAGUACUUAAAUGGGGUGCUGAUGCCAUGAGGGAUAUUUAUAGGACCUGUUUUGUCUAAAAAUUCAGAGGGGUCAUCUAUAUCCAGUUGAGGGCUCCUAAUACUAAAUCAAGGAUAGUUUGUUCAGUGUCGCUGUCAGACAUUUUUGAAUUUUACGAUAUUACUUGCAGCACAGAAAAUAUGUAAGAAGCAAUCUGAUUAGCUGGUAUGAAGACCAACCAGCCAAUCUCGAGGCUUCAAUUAUCGAAGAUCGGCUAUCCAUCUUUUACGCUACACCACCCAGCCAUCUCAAGAGAGUUAAGCGAACUCCCCCUUGCCUUGUUGCCCUAUUCAUUCCCCUUUUUUUCCCAUUUUGGAUACUACUUAUUUGACAUGUCUGCUGUCAUGGUGGCCAUGUAAAAAAAGUAGUACCUAACACUGAGAAAUGGGUAUUACCAGAUUGCGUAAAUUUACCAGAAAUAACUCAUGCUUGAGCAGUUAAUUUUGUUUAAGUAAAAUCUUAGUUUCUGUUACUGUAAUUUUAAAAUAUAUAUAUUUAAUGAAAUACUUUUCUCAGUGGGAUGACAGAACUUCAAACUAAAAAUGUGGCUGGAUAUUGUCAAUCAUCAUCACAAGAUAUGAAUACUGAGGAAAGAGCUGGAAGCUUUCCUGUUAGCCCAGAACUCAUUCAAAUUAAGGCAGUCAGUGAGGAUGAGGUUUGUUCAUUUCAUGUACUUGUAUUUCAAUAGUGUUCAGCAAUAAUAUUGUGCUAACAGAUAGACUAACAUUAUUAUAGUUAUAUCAUUAGUGGUGCUUUAGCCCACGUAGGGACCUGGCUUAGUCCACUACAUCCUUCCAUUUGGAUGGAUGCAGGGAACACCGGCUGGUGUAAGUCCUUCUCUACAUCAUCAAUCCAUCUCAGUCUUGGUCAACCGUUGAGCCUUCUGCCCCUAGAUUCUGCCUAUAGGCAGAAACCUUGUAAAAGCUUAUAUUCAGUGAGAAUCUAAAUGAUUUCUUUUUUACAUUUCUUCAGGUGAGAAGAAGAAUUGACGCUUUUAUCAGAAGCAAAAGAUGUGAAGUAGAUGAGAGGAAUAUUCGUGAAUUUAUUUCUCCUGUUUUAGCAGGUAUUGUGCUGGUUGAAAAUUAUUUGCAGUUGGAGUUUUUCUGGUAUUUCUUAUACUAUUAUACGGAACAACUUUUUUGUGGAAAUUAAAGCCUUGUAAUCCUGUCUGACUAUACAAUCAUACUUUUAUAUUCUAUAAAAAGAUUAGUUUUUCAUUUUCUUAUGAAAUACUCAUCCAAUUAGAACUAUUAUAAAUUAUUUAAUUUUCAAAUAUUUACCUACAGAAUCUGAAACAAGCUGUGCCAGAACGGAGGCUGUGUACAUUCACAGAGAAGGAGAAAAAAGUCAUAUAAGUUUAAAGAAAGUGGAAAACACAUAUGGUCCCCAAACCCGUCUUUCAGCAAAUGAAGAUUCUACCUUUAAAAAAUAUCUUCGGGUUCCUUUAGAUGUUCAAAGAGCAGAAGCCGUGGAGGAGCGAUUGGCCAACAUGGAAGCACACUUGAACACUAAAAGUGGUGAUACCCUUUGUGUAUUUAUUAUUGUAUAUUAAACUUCUAUUAACUAUAAUACAUUUUUUAAAUUUAGCCAGAAAAAGCUGAAAGUGUUAUUUUAUUAGAGAACUUAAAAAUGUUAUUUCUGGCUAUGAAAUGAAUAUUUCAUUUAGGGCACAGUAUAUUAUUAUUAUUAUUAUUACAGUGGUCUAAUAUAGUGCGUUACUCCAAGAUAGGGCUGGGCUCACCGUGUUGCACAUAAAAAUAUUAGCAAACAUAAUCAUGAUAUUAAAAAAUUACAUACAAAGAAAAAAAGGAAAUAUAUAUCACCCCGCCUACCUCAGAACUAUUUACAUGUCAAGCCAUGGACGGCACCCAGCAGCAUUGUUUAUCGAUCAUAUAUACUAUAUAUGCUCGUAAAAUUAGUAAAACCUUGAACAAUGAUGAACUUGUCAAAAUACUGAAUCUCAAGUGUCGCAUUGAGUCCUGCAAUUUAAAUGCCACCUAUUCAAGCCAUCUUACUGUAUCUACAGAAGAAAAUAAUUUUUUAAGGCUUUUACCUGAUGGAGCAGGGAUGUUGGAUUGCCUCAGCGAUUAUUGAACAUCGAACUUAUUAAAGACGAACCGGGGUAUUUAGUUAAGUUUUUCUGUAUUUAUUUUUUACACAAGUAUUUGCGUGAUUCUUAUGAGAGAAGAGUGUAGUGAUGACAGUUAUUGAAGCCCUAGACUAGGUUGAUAUACUUGAUAUGAGUCUGACGUCUAGACAUGUACUUUUCACACUGGGUCCGAAUGUGUUAUUCAGAAUGCGAGACGCAGACUUUUAUAGAAUAGAAAGAAUGGUGACAACAACAAAAAGUUGAAAACUACAUUAUUGUAUUACUCAGAAUUAUUGCUAUCAUGUUCUUUCAAUACAGGAAACUUUUUAUCAUUGUUUAUUUGUGCUGGGGCCUUGUGGGCUCUGUGUUAUAUCCAUUGUAAAUGAAAUAUUUUUCAACAGUUAUUUUUUUUUUUCCCAAAAUUUGUUACUUCCAAUUUUAUGCAGUAUAUGUUCAAAAAGUAAUGCUGGACCUUGUUUAACGCAUUCUAAAACUUAAUUCAACGCUGAAGUUUUAGUAGUCAUAUUUAUGCUAGGUUAUCUUUCAAAAUGAAACAGAGAUGUGAUGAUCCUAAUUCAUGACCUUUAAAAUUGUCAUUUAGCAUGGGGAAAUUCAGAUGGGGUAUAGGCGCUGAAAAUGGCAGAUUGAAUUUUAGAAAAUCUGCUGUAUUUGAGUUUGAGUUAAAAUCAAAUGGGUGAAGAUAAAAAAAAAUGAAAAUGUAUUAAGUUAUCAUGUCCUUUUGUAAUAAAGUACUUAUUUUAGAUUUUUUUUUUUUCUCUUCAGGGACCAAUGACAUUUUUGCUAGGAUAAAAUCAUUGGAGCAAAGAAUCAGCUUUUUAGAAGGUGUGUCACCUGAAUAUUUUAAAAAUGGGGUAAGUGAUUAGCUUGAGUCCACAUUUGAACCAUGUAUUUCAAUGAGGAUCAGCAACAGAAGAACAGCCAAGAUCCUAUGAUAUUUUAAUGAUUGAUCUACAGACAGUUUUACUUACUUCACUGAUGCCUUUUACUCUGCCUGUGACAUAGGCUCUCUACAAUAAUUUUCCAUUCAUCUUGGUCCUAUGCUUUCCUUUCCAUUGUGUACCCCAUACUUUGUGUCUGCGUCUUUUGCCAGUGUCUCCAAGUAGUCUUUGGCCUUCAUCUCUUUUCCCCUAUGGAUACCAUGUUAAGGAUUGUCUGGUGAUGUUUUCUGAGGAUUUACGAAGAGUGAGCCUUAUCCACCUCCAUCUUUCCUUUUGAUGUCUUCAGCAAUAGGCUCUUGGUAUGUCCUUUCCAGUAAUUUGUUGGUGAUGAUGUUUCGGUCAUUUUUUGUUCAGGAUUUUAUUUCUUAAGCAAUUGUUUGUGAAGGUCUGUACUUUCUGCGUGAUGCUCACUGUUCUCCAAGUAUUUUCGGCACCAUAGAGCAGGACUAUUUUGUCAUUUGUGUUGAAAAUUCUGACGUUAUUUUACAUAGUAACCUCCUUUGACUCCCAUAUUUUCUUUAAUAGCACAAAUGUUGACCUAGUCUUUUCAAUUCUAGCCCUGAAAUCAGCUUUGGAUCCACCAUUUAUGUCAAUGGUGCUGCUCAAGUAGGUGAAGGCCUCCACUUCUUCCAGUGCAUUUCCUGCCCGGAGGUAUACUCUUGGUUAGCUGAGUUUACCUGCAUGAUCUUUGUCUUACUUUUAUUUAUAUUGAGCCGCACUGUGCUGAAAUUUCUUUUGCAUAUAGACAGUAUAGUCUACAUGAAAACGUAACCUAUCAAGUUUUAAGGAAGCAAUUUUAUGCUUAACACUUUAAAACUAUAUGAUGUUGUUGGGCAUCAACUGGUUUUAACCUUUAUAUAUCCUCAAUAUGCAGAACGGUGUCCAUAUAACUAUAACAAAGCAACAAGAAAAAUGCAUGAAAAAUCUUCCCUGUAAUAUGUUGACAUCCUUCCUAAAAUGAUACAUCACAAGUUUUAGUUAGUCCAAUUUUGUCAAAGUUUCACCUUUUUACAUCAAUCAAAAGAAAUUUUGUCAAAAAUAACUCACAUGAUGAACUUAAUAGAAAUUAAGAUGUAAUUAGAAACUUCAUUGGUUAAUUGCGCUAGCUGUAGUAAUUCAGAUUCCGUAUUUAAAUUUAACGUUGUGUAAUAAAAAAUAUUGUCUGUCUUGACAAAGUUAUUUUUUCCAUCCUAUAAUUAUAAGCUUAUUUUUCAUUGUCCCAGGGAAAAAGUCAUGUGAAUGGAAAAGCUUUCUUUAAACUCUAUGCUUUAUGUAGAUAUUAAUAUAAAGUGUUAAAAAUAUGGAUCCAUUAUGUUUUAUCAUUAUUUUCUAAUUGUGCAUAAAGAUUUGAGAGAUUUUUUGAUAAUUUUUUAUUUCUUGUUAUAGACAUGACUGGUAUUUAAUUGUUUUUAAUCAUACUAAAGAGUGUUACUUCUAUUGCUAAAGGUAUUUUUUUAAGUUGGAAAGCUUGGAGACUUCAGCCACAUUGCACACUGCACACCUAUAUUACAUGGCUAUAAAUUUUGUCAAGUGCUGAAGAUUAUUUUUACAAACAAGAUUUUUAAUUAAAAAAGAUUUAAAAAAGAAAAUAAAACCAACUUGUUGAAAAGAUUUUUUAUCAAAGAGGAGUUUAAAAACAGUAAAAAGAGUAGAAAAUAAUUUUUUUUAAAUUCAGUGUAGAAAAUCACUUUAUUUGGCCAAAGAUUUUGAAUUAAAUUUGGAUGAAACUUAAUGUUUUAUUUUUAUUAAUUUUUUAAAAUAUUUUCUGCACAAACUGUGUGCAUAAUGCACUUUAAAAUUUUAACAAAUUAUUUUCUUUUUUUUAAUGUGUUUAAACUCAUCUUUGAUAGAAAAGUUGUUGUUUUUUUCCUACUUUUGAGUAUUAAAAUUGUAAUCUUUAAAUUAAAGACAAAAGUAAAAUUAUUUUCUUAUUUUUAAAAAAAAAAGAAAGCUUGCAAAAGCCCAGUUAAUGUAACUGAACUAUUUCCUAGGCUAAAUAUAAGUAGAAUUAAAUGGCAGUUGUGUUUCAUACCCCUGGAGGCAUAGUUUCCGUUGAUCUGAGUCUAAAUGCCAAAGGCCCUGCUCUCGUCUGAGCUCCUCAUGAGGCAGAUGUGAUCAACCGAGCGAGGAUCAUGUGUGACAACAACAAAAUUAUGCUACAUAGUUACAAACGCCAUGGAUUUGUGAAAUACUUUUAAAAGUGCAGCUCCCCGAGAGUCAUGGUUAUGUUUUGUUUUUUUCCCAGAUUCCUAAAACCAAUCGGACAUCAAAGUUGAGUUCAUCAAAUUGUGAAAGUCAGUUUGGAGAAAAUCAAAAAGAUGUAUGCUAUUUUCACACUCUUCAUUUAAAUUAUUUACUCAUUCAGAGUUUUUUGGGUUUUUUUGUAGCAUAAAUUGGUAGCCAGGUGUUUAUCUGCACUUUUAAUUUUUUUAUUAUUUGUAUUGUUUUUUAUCUUUUUAGCAUAAUUGUUAUAUAUAAAUGUAUGACAAUUAUCCCUAUGUUAACAUUAUAUAGCAUUUUUUAUGUAUCUAUCUCGCUAAUUGUGAAAUUGGCAAUAAUUUGUUUAAGUUUAAGGACAGUUCACUAUUAAUUGUAUUAGUAUUUAAUAUAAAUAUAGUAAAUAGUUACAUUAGUAUUAGGGGAAUGCUCUAAGAGAAAAAAAACAAUUGUUAUACAAAUAAUUUACACAGCUUAUGUGUGGGACACACUUAAUCAGGCUAUAUGAAAUCAUUUAUGCCUGUAUUUGUUGAGACACCAAAGUAAGAACCUAUAGAAAUGUUUUUGAUACCUUGCUUUGAGUAUUCAGUUUCAGGCAUGGAAACUCAAGCUAUAAAUUAUUAAAGUAAAUUGAUUUGGGAAAAAAUAAUUUGGUCUCAAUCAAUGUUCCUUUUAAGCUGCGCGGCUGCACAGCUGUCUCAGACGCAGUGCAGCAGUUUUGAGUAUCCACGCAGCCAUUUUACAUGUGUGUGUUUGUUGGCUCUAACAAUUUGCACAAAAAAAACUUAUGCUGCAAAUUUUUGCACACAACUGUAUGAUUUUGCACACGAACCAGCAAAACUUAGAGGGAACAUUGGUCUCAAUGUAUAUUCAUAAUUUCAAAAUGCAAAUCUUGCUAUUUUUAAAGUCAAGAAUGCCUAUAAAAGUUCUUAUAUUUUCUCAUGGUCUUGAAGUUUUAUUUCAUUGCUGAAUUAUAUUACUAUACUCAACUGACCCAUGCUAACUCAAGUUGAACCAUUUUAUUCUCUGUAUGUAGUGACACAAAUUUUCUCCCCUAUUUCAAAAGCAUGACAGCUUGUCAGAGAUAGACAGUAGGAUUCUUCAACUAAAACAGGCCCUGAGACAGAAAGCCCAAUAUAAUAACGUGUAUCCUGGUUGACAGGUAAUGUCAAGUUUUCUUUUUACACACAAUAUCUUAUGGAUAAAUAGGAAGAGAUAUGUGUUAUUAUUAUUAAGAACGAUAUAACACAGACUGCUUUCAAGUAAGCAGUGUCAAUAAAAUAUUAAUAACAGGUUACGUGACAUCUUGAUUAAAAUACUUGCUUGAAUAAAAUAAUUUUAUUAAAUCUGUCUCCCAUCCUGUUAUUAAUAUUUGAAUCAUUAAUAUUUAAUACUUUAUAAAUGAGUGAAAAUGUUCUUCAUCAUCAUGUUUGCAAUUACCUGCUGUAAUACUAAUAUGAUUUUCUAGUUGGAUGAUUUUGUUUGAGGAUGAUUUUUAGGAUCUAUACAAGAGAGGCUCUUCGCUUAUAAUUUGUAUAAUUUUCCUAGUUUUAUGUUUUUAAUAAAAUAAUAUGUAAAUAAUGUGAUUUAAAAAAUUAAAUUGAUAUUUAAAAUUUAUACACUAGAGAAUUAUGAGGAGUUUCCAGAAACAACAUAGAGACAAUACAUUUUAGAAAUAGUAAAUUCAUAUGUGCAGUCCUGUGACUUAACUGGAAAUACUUUUUUGGCAUAUUUUUGGAUGGUGUCCCUGCCAUGAGGGAAAAUUUGAAAGGUUUUGACUCGCUGAUGCAACAGAUGAAUUCAGCUAUCAUGGUCUGUUUCAUCCACAGAGAAGCACUAGUCAUUAAAACAGUUUUAACCGAGUUUAAGACUGUGCUGGACAUGGUGGUGAAAAUUUUUAUUAUAUGAAGAUAAGUUCACCAAACUUUUUUGAAAGUAUGGAAGCGGACCAUAGCAAACUCAUGCGAGACAUGGACAUGCAAGGGCCGUCCCAAAGGAAAAGUUUCAUCUCAUUUGACCUGAGAGAAGAGAUGCUGAUGGUCUGUUAUUGUGAAAACGUAAAGGAUUUUGUAAAAGUACUGAGCAGUGAGUGUUGGUGUUCCGAACUAGCUUAUGUGGACGAUAUAUUUCAUGAAUUAAACAUUUUGAAGGGUGGAAUGCAAGGCAGAAAUUAAAACAUCUUGAAUUCAACUGAAGAAAUUGGCAAUUUGGAAGAAGCAUGCAUCUGCUGUAAAUUUGGAAGUGUUUCUCAGUGUUGUUCAUAGAAAUUACCAAGGAAUUCUUCAAAUGAUUAUGACCCAUUUAGAUGCUAUGUUGAAUAAUGUCCGCAGAUUUUCUCCAUCGAUAUCUGUUGACCCUUACGACUGGGUUAGAAACCUGUUUGGGGAAUUUGAAUCGUGGGCAAGGACACUUUUAAUUUGAAGAAAGAUAAGUUCUUUAACGUUUCGAGUAACAGAGCACAAAAGCUAAAACAAGAGAAGAGUUGAAUGUGGAAGCCUUUUGGUUACUAGUUGAAAACAAGUGCCCGGCUAUCGCUGAGAAAGCUCUGCGAUUUCUGUUGAUGUUUUCAACUUUUUACAUGUGCAAGUUUGGAUUUUCUGCUAUGACACCACCAAACACGAGAACGGCUUAAAGGGUCUCUCUCAGCCACGAAUUCAACUGCUUUGUGCCCGAUUUGUAGAACUCUCAGAAUAAAUGUUUUGCACUGAAAUGUUCACUACUGCAAACUGAUGCUAACAGAUAACAAUAAAGUAACUAGUAAUAUCGGCUGUUCUGACUGCACAAGUUUAUUUUUAUUUGGGUUUCAAAUUGCAGUGUUACAGUUCUAUCAAACUGUUUUUUUGGUGCAUAACUAAGUAUAGGAAAAUGAUUUCCUGUCCAUUUGGAGUAGAUCAAACCCUUGUGUCACUGCAUGUUGUAAGCAAUCUAAAUGCUCCAAAGGGUUCCCUCCUAAUGAAAAUAUUGAAAAACACUGGUCUACUGGAACAAUAUAACACAUGAUCUGUUUGUACAAAGACAAGCACUACUAGACAAACACUACUAGAAAAAUUUAAAACAUGAUCUGUUGGUACAGAGACAAGCAUGGUCUACUCACAUUUGGAACAACAUAACAUGAUCUGUUGCCACAUAUAGACAAUGAUGGUCAACUGGAACAUUAUAACACAUGAUCUGUUUGUAUACAGAGACAAGUAUGGCCUAUUGUAACAAUGUGACAUGUGAUCUAAUAAUUUACUAAUUAUUGAAAAAAGCCUCUUUUGAAGCAAUUUUAAUAGAGAAUUCAGGAAACUUUUAUUAAUACCUAGAAGUAUGGUAUCUUUUAUUAAUACCUAUUUGGCACAAAGAUUGAUUGAAAAUGUAAAUAUUUUUUUUUUAAAUAAUGUUGUAUAACAUCUAUAAAUAAUGCAAUAAUAUAAUAAUUCAAAUCAUUGAUAUAAAAAAGCUGAGGCACUUUUCUUAUAUUUAAUGAGUACUCAUAUUCAAAUGGCAAAAUUAGUUUAGAAUGUUAAAGAAGUUAAAAUAAAUAGUAUGACAAAGUAUUGAAUUCUUUUUAUGUUUAUUGAUGAAUGUCUUCAUGGUUCAUUGGCAUGUAAAAAUAAAUAAACAAUUAAAUUUAUCGUACUUGUACACUAUCACAGCAUUACUAUUUUUGAGUUAAUGUAUAUAUUAGAUACACUUUUAACUAUUAAAUCUUAUCACAGUUGGUUACUCUAAACAGUGCUAUCCCAUAAGAUUUUGUGGUUUUUUUUGCUAUUAAAAAUGAAACUUUUUUUACAUACUAUAUACAUAUAUAUAUAGUAUAUACCAAUUCAAAUACUUCACAAUGUUACUAUUCAAUUUUUGAAGUUACAAUGUUAAUCCUUAAGUCAUACUUCUGUCACUGUUAGAACGACUUGAGGAAUAUUUUACACAAUGAGAUAGAAAAAAAUGAUGUUAUAUCUCAUGUUGCAUAAUGCAUGUCAAUUUGAACUCAAGAAGACAGUUGGUAAAGUUCUAUUCUUCCACAUUUGGCCAUACAUCAUCUUGUAUUUUAGGCAAGUUUCUUUGCAUAUCUGAAAUAAAAUAUAUAAAAUAAAUAUGAAGUGAAAGAGGUAUGGUAUCUUUUUAUUAAUACCUAUUUUGUUAUUUGUAGAUUGUAAAGACAAAAGUGAGAUAAGGAUACUCAUUGUUCUGCUUCAUCAUUCAUACACACAUUUUGUUUUCAGAUAAUAAUUAUGAAACAAAUUCAAAUUUUUUUUCUAGACAAUUUUCCAAAAUUUUUUACAACUUCUGCCCUAGGGAAAUAUCUUAACUCAUGAGCCAUGUUACUCACAGACAAAUCAUCCAAUUUCACCUUAGAACUAUAAAGGCUUAUAUUAUUAUAAUGAUGUAAAUGAAUGCAAAACUUUUUAAUUGCCCUCUUGUCUUUUCACAGGCAGGACUGACCUGUCAUGUGAAAAUGAGAGCCUGACUCAGUAGUUUUCUGCGUACCCCCAUUAACAGGAGAUGAAUCCCUUGAAGAAAUGUACCAUGAUGUACUAGCAGGACUGGCUGAAUUGUACUGACUGUCUGAAGUGUCACACUCUGCACAGUAAUGGGGGCUGGCAUUUGGACCACGAGGAAAGCCAUCAUCUUCCGGGUCUUUCAUGUAGUGUCGUAUGGCACCACCAUGAUGUAUCUGUCUUUCCCUUUUCCAUAAUGUGUUGUUUGGCUCUAUUGCCAUGAUCUUUUUUUUUUAAAGAAAUGUUAAACAACACAUUGUUGAAAUUUUCAGGAAAUGCAAUAAAUAAAUUAGUCCCUUGUUACAUCUGAUUACAUCUUAUUAAAACUUAAAGCUAAUUUCACAAGCAAGUGCAGCUGGACUGUUUACUUUGUAAUUAAAAUGUCUUAAUAAAGUGAAAAUAAUACAUUGUUAUUUACUUGAUUUUUGUAUUUUGCUUCUAUAAUUUAAUUAUGAUUAUUAUAC